AUGCCUUCCUCUACUCUCAAGUCUCUCGUUGUCCUCGCACCCCUCGUCACCAUCGCCACUGCGGCGCUCACCCGCUUUCCGCGUGGCUACGGCACGGAGCAGACCAAGUGCAAGAACGGGUGCUGUGUGUGGUACGAGAUGCUUGACGACGUCCAGGCCAACCUGUUCGAUGGCGGCAUGUGUGGCGAAGAAGCCCACGAAUCGCUCCGGCUCACCUUCCACGACGCGAUCGGCUACUCGCACUCGCAAGGGUCCAAGGCGGGAGGAGGUGCCGACGGAUCGAUCAUGAAGUUCACGGACAUCGAGCUCAUGGACCCCGCGAACGGCGGCACCGACGACAUCAUGGAUCUGCAGCGCCCGUUCGCGUGGAAGUAUAACGUCUCCUACGCCGAUAUCAUCCAGUUCCUCGGCGCCGUCGGGGUGAACAACUGCGCUGGCGGACCACGCCUCCGUUUCUUUGCAGGCCGGUCCAACGAAACCAUCCCUGCCGCCCUCGGGCUCGUGCCCAAGCCGGAGGACUCCGUGGACAUGAUGCUCGCGCGGAUGCACGACGCCGGGUUCUCGCCCAAGGAGCUCGUCGCCCUCCUCGCCUCGCACACCGUCGCCGCCCAGGAUGGCAUCAACUCCGACUUCAAGGCCCACCCGCUCGACUCGACGCCGAGCACGUUCGACCGCCAGUUCUUCGUCGAGACGCUGCUCAAGGGCGUGUCGUGCCCGGACAAGUCCGGCAAGUGUGGCAAGGGCGAGGCGCCGACGCCGCUCGUGGGUGAGAUCCGGCUCGCGUCCGAUGGCCUCCUCGCGCGCGACCCGCGCACCGCGUGCUACUGGCAGGCUAUGAUCGUCGACCACUCGGUGAUGAUCCACAACUUUACGACGGCGAUGCACAAGCUCUCGCUGGUCGGGCAGGACGAGAGCCUGCUCACGGACUGCUCGGAGGUGAUCCCGCACCCCCAGGUCAUGUGCUCGUGCCCGACGCCGUUCCCCAAGCUGGAGACGAUGCCCGGCCCGGCUCUGAUGAUCGCUUCGGUCCCCAAGUGA